CUCCCACUUUUCGCUUUUCACCGCCAGCAGAAAGCCCUAAAGCAGCCGGAGCAGCGGAGGAAAGCUCGCUCUGGCCGCCGUCUCCGACGUGGCAGUUCCAGUAACCGAGCUUUAGCAGUGGGUGUUCCGAGUGGACACGUGCCGCCCUCAUGGGAUGCAGCAGCUCCAAGCUCGACCGCCUGCCCGCCGUCUCCCUCUGCCGCGACCGGACCAAUCUCCUCGAGGACGCGCUCCACCGUAGCUACGCCCUCGCCGACGCCCACGUGGCCUACCUCCACUCGCUCCACUCGUUCGGCGCCGCUCUCCGCCGCCUCUCCGAUCAGUGUCCCCCCCGAGCCGACGGCAGGAGAUCAUCGGAGUCGCCCGCUCACGUCGCCGGCGCCGCGGCACCGCCCGAUCACUCCCCCUCCUCCUCCUCCGGCUCGACCUCCUCGUCUGGCUCCCACAUCCACUUCGAUGACUCCGAAGACGACAACGACGACAGCACCGACAACGUCACCAGCUCGACCACUCCUCUUCUGGCGAGCGACGCCCGCGUCGUCGGCGAGCACGGCGAUUACUACAAUCCGGAAUCGUUGAAUCCGUUCUUCGAGAGAUUCAUGUCGAUCAGUUACAUGAAGAAUCAGCCUACUCAAUCCAUUACUCACACUCUCCCUGUUUACGAUCAUUACAGCGACCAUAACGAGACCAGUCAGAUCUUUUAUUAUCGUUCUUCACAACACGAUGGCCAUUCGGUGUCCAAAGCGCCUCCGCCCCCACCUCCGCCGCCACCGAGCGACUCGACGUGGGACAUUCUGAAUUUCUUCGACGGGUACGACGGAUACGCAGCGCCCGUUGCUAGUCACGACAGAGCGAAGGAAGAGAGCAAAGUUCUGAAGGAGAAUACUCAUGGAGAUCAUGGAGGUACUGGUGAGGGAGUGGAAGCAGGACACAGGGAGCACGUAAAGAGUAAUUACUACGUUAAAGCGCCUUCAGUUUCGGUGUCGGAGAAAGUUGAACCAAAAGAGAAGUGCAGCUAUUCGGCUGAACCGAAAGAUGGCGGAAGCGGAAGAGACGUGUCCGAGAUCGUCAAAGAAGUCGAAGGUCUCUUUAAAACGGCUUCGGAGUCCGGCGACAAGGUCUCAAGAUUGCUCGACCUUGCGAAGUUUCGUUACCACCACAAAAACGGCGUCUACCAAGUUCCGAGCAAGACGACGUUGCAUGCGAUAGCCACGUCGCGAGCAAGCCUCACUGCGAAAGCCGAGGGCGCAUCUGCGAAAGGGGAUGGGGACCGCGACGGGGAUGCGGUGGUGGGCUCGCCGGGGAAUUUCUCGGGCACCUUGAAGAAGCUGUGCAUGUGGGAGAAGAAGCUCUACAAUGAGGUCAAGGCUGAGGAAAAGUUGCGAGUAAUGUAUGGGAGGAAGUGUAGGGAGCUGAACCACAUGAGCAACAAAGGCGCCGACGCGGGCAAAAUCGACGCGACUCGGGCCAUGAUCCAGGCAUUGUCCACGAAACUGCAGAUGGCAAUUCAUGUCAUUCACAAGAUUUCAGUCAAAGCGAACAAGCUCAGGGACGAUGAGCUCUGGCCUUGGAUCCACCAGCUCGUUCAUGGAUGGUUGGAGAUGUGGAAGUCUAUGGAAGAGUGCCACAGGGGUCAGUACAAAGCAGUUGCGAAAGCAAAGAACUUGGAUUCAAUUUUAUCCACCCCGAGACAAAAUGAUGCGGACCAUCUUCAAGAGCUCGUCCAGAUCAAGCUUGAGAUUCAGAACUGGACCUUAUGCUUCUCCAACUGGGUCUUUGCCCAAAAGGGUUGCAUCAGAGCUUUAAAUAGCUGGCUCAUGCGAUGCCUCCCGCACGAACCCGAGCAGACACCUGAUGGAGUUGCCCCCUUCUCUCCCGGCAGGAUUGGAGCGCCGCCAGUUUUCGUGAUCUGUAACCAGUGGUCGCAUUCUCUGGACAGGCUCUCUGAGAAGGAGGUUGUCGACGCAAUGAAAGAACUUUCACUGACCGUCAAUAAGAUCUACGAGCAACACUACACGACACUGCAGCAGAAAAUUACAGCAGACAAGGAAAUGGAGAGAAAGGUUAAGUUCAUAGAGAGGAAGGAGCAGAAGAUUCACAAGGAGAUGCAAGCCAAGGACCGAUCUGCGGUAUUGAAGUUUCGGCAAGAUUCUGCUGCUCCCCUAAGCGCUCGAGGUGAAGUUACAACUGGGAGUAGCGCACAGUCACGUCUCAAGCACAUUUUCAAGGCCAUGGAGAUUUUCUCAGCAGAUUCCGUGAGAGCAUGUGAAGAGCUAUGUACACGCGCCAAAGAAUACCCGCAUUCUCGCCAAAGCUCAAAACGUUUCUGAUCAUAAAGUCUCCCAAUGUCCCUCUAUUUGGACACGUGAACAAAAAACAUGUAUUCUUAUUGCAUGCUUUUAGCUACGCUGACAUAAUAAAGCUUGCAGAGGGCAAUAUUUAUGGUG